AUCACUCGCCCGUCGCCACCCCCGACCUGUUAUCAGAGACGCGCGCGUUUGAAACCACCGCGGAAAGCCCUUCGGGACCCCUCGAGUGUCCGUUCGCCAUGGAGGAAAGUUCAUCGAACAAUGUGCGGGUUCCCCGCGUGCCGUGAAAGUGCGUGCCUCGGCGGAUGAGAGUUUCGACUGAGCGAUGACGACAUCGACGACCGCGCGGGUCGUCCUGACGGAUUCUUAUGAUUACUCGUUGACCCUGUGGGAUGCCGGCACUACGAACAGCAGCGAGCUCGACCUGGAGACGACGAGCGCCGGUCCCGCCGAAGGGCAGGGCGACACGGAGGAGCUCAACAAUUGGUGGGCGAUGCUGGCGCUCGUACUGGUUCUGGGCACUGCCGCGGGGAAUAUCCUGGUGUGCCUGGCGAUCACCUGGGAGCGGCGGUUGCAAAAUGUUACUAAUUAUUUCCUGAUGAGCCUGGCCAUCACGGAUCUUAUGGUCGCCAUCCUGGUGAUGCCGCUGGGGAUCCUCACGCUCGUCCGCGGGUACUUCCCGCUGCCGUCGGUUUAUUGCCUCGCCUGGAUCUGCCUCGACGUCCUAUUCUGCACCGCCAGCAUAAUGCACCUGUGCACCAUAAGCGUGGACCGUUACCUGAGUCUGCGCUACCCGAUGAAAUUCGGGCGCAACAAGACGAAGAAGAGGGUGACGCUGAAGAUCACCUUCGUCUGGAUCCUCAGCAUCGCGAUCAGUCUACCUCUGAGCCUGAUGUACUCGAAGGAAGAUGAUUCGGUACUAGUGGACGGAGCCUGCCAGAUACCCGAUCCCCUCUAUAAGUUAAUCGGUAGCAUAAUUUGCUUCUAUAUCCCGCUGGGAGUGAUGUUGCUAACGUACGCGUUAACAGUAAGACUAUUGGCAGAACAGCAGCAGAACAUCGCAGGGGCAGGAGCAGGUUGGUCAUCGGGAUGGUUGGGUGCCCCUCAGGGUGCCCCUCAGGGUGCACCCUCCGCGGCAGGGCUUGAGCGACGGGGCACCUGGAAGAGAUACCUCCUGAACAAGGGUUCGGGGGGCAGCGGCGGCACACCGCAACACACCUCCGGCACGUCGACCGACACCGAGCUGACCACCCUCGAUACCCACGAGCUCUGGCUUCAGGAGAGCGAGCCACCACCCUCGGCCAUGUCCGCCCUUCAUGCCUUCGGCGCGGAGAUGCUAAAGCUGUCGAGGGGUCUCGAGGGGAUGGCCGGCAGCUCCAGCAAUCAGACCCCGUCAAAAUCGACAACCCAGCAGUAUCACCAUCAUCAUCAUCAUCAGCAUCAGCAUCAGCAUCAGCAUCAGCAUCAGCCGCAGCAGCAGCUGCUGCAACUGCAGCACCACGGUCCAUCACCGCGCAGAUGCAGCUUCCGCAAUGGAAGCGCGGAGAGCACGGAGAGUAGCAUGUCCUGCUCGAGGACGAGCCUGUCGGCGGAGGACGUCGCGAGCCCCUGGAAGCACCGUAGACGAGCGUCGACCUAUAACGAGGCCCACUUGGAGAGGACGACACAGAUUCUGGGCUCGCCGAAGGCCCCCAGAAAGAGGUCCUUCAGCUUCCACGAGCAGUCGUCCUGCCGCAGGGGCGAGGACGACUCGACGCGCAAGAAGUGUCACGAUAAAGCGGCGGAAGGAGCGAUAACGCUACCGCCGCCCUGCACGUGUCCCUAUUUCGGAGAAUCCUCGAAGAAGCCGCCGCCGUCGGGGAACAUCGUCAUUGUCUCCAGCGACACCAUGAAGCCUAUCGGUAACAGGAGCCUGGAAAUGGGUCUCCCAGGUGACGCCGCGAGACCCAUCGGCAACAAGUCUCCGGAAAUGGGCAUGCUGGGCAGAAACAACAGUGCCAGAUCAACGGAGGGUGCCAAAGGUUACGAGCAGCUGACCCUCGCAAAUUCCGUGGUCACGUGGCGAAGCGGAAGGCGAGGCUCCAGCCUGGGCAGCACCAGGACCCUGCUGACCGCUAACGCGAGAGCGACGCCGUUGCGGCGCGCGGCGACGAUGCGGGCGCACAACGGCGCGAUGGGCACGGCGAGCGUAACCCUGAACCAGAGUAAUCCGUCGUCGCCGAACCUGCUGAGGUACUCGGGCGGGCAGGUGCGCAGCCAUCACUCGCGCAACAGCAGCGUGAUCUCGCGCAACAGCUCCCGCCACGGCAGGAUCAUCCGGCUUGAGCAGAAGGCGACCAAGGUCCUCGGCGUGGUGUUCUUCACGUUCGUGAUCCUGUGGGCGCCGUUCUUCGUGCUGAACCUGGUGCCGGCCCUGUGCCCGGACUGCGAGCGUCGCAUCGACCGCAAGAUCUUCGACCUGGUCACCUGGCUCGGCUACGCCAGCUCCAUGGUCAACCCGAUCUUCUACACCAUCUUCAACAAGGUCUUCCGCCAGGCGUUCAAGAAGGUGCUGCUCUGCAGGUACCGAAAUCAAGAGUGGCGACCGCCUAGGUAGGCCCUGGGCCCCGGGAGGCCGGGGAUCGCCAUCAGCAGAGUGUAAACGAUAGGGGGGAAUGAUCGAUGCCGCGGGUCGUCGAUGAGGAGUAAAGAGACACUCGGGACAAAUUUCGAACUCGUCGAAUGGUGCUAUUCUACCCGCGCGAUAUUGGCUCGUUUCGAGAAACGAGCGCCCGAGUGGCCCGUAUUCUUUGUGCGUGAGUGCGUGCGUGCGUGCGUGCGUGCGUGCGAAUAGCGUUGCCGAUUGUUGACGGAUUCAAAAUUGUCUAUCGAAACUACCUACUAGCGACUCCUGCUAACGUUUCGUAUCCAAUGUUAAUUUUGAGGAACUGAAAAUAUUUUUUAAAAUCUUCCUAUAUAUAACGUAACGCCUCUUAAAUGUAUGUACUAAUACUUCAUAUCAAUUACAUAUCAAUAUGCAAUAACAUGUAAUAUAUAACGACGCCUAUUUUAAUAGUUUUAUAUUUAAAAGUAAUUGGUACCUCCUAUAGAAUAUUUUAUUACGGCAAAAUUCAGAUCCUCUACCAGGAUUAUUUUUGAUAACUCAAGAUGACCGCGAGAUGAUUUUCUCUCCAAUUCUCAAUACUUUGCGUGUAAUUUCACUUUUCGUGACUCUCAUUUCCCCCAAUUUCCUCUUUCACGCCAAACGCAUUUCUUCCACGAUCGACGAUCGCACUUUUUGUCCCAGCGGAUACUUUACCGCUGUGAAACUUUUAUGCUUCGACUCUCUCAGACAAUUCCCAGAUAAUUUUCCCGACAAACGUACGGUUUCACGAACGAAUCUUUUUGCGCGUACCUAGAGCAAAACCUUCCGAUGGCUUGAUCGCGCGAGAACUCGAAACGCGAGCGAACAAUCCGACUAGUAGUAAUGAGUAAACUAACGUAGUUUACUUAUCAGACUAAUAAGUAAACUGUAACAUAGUACUUCCAAACACGCUUCCUUGUAACCGCAAAAUCACCCGAUAAACUACCGCCGACUAAUUAAAUUCCCCAAUUGAAUCCUCCUAAUUAAAUCCCCGCACGGAGUAACGAGGAAUUUGUGAGUAAAAACGGAAACGACGUGCGUUUAAUUAUAAUUACGACUAAGAGCCUAGAACGUGUAAAUGUGUGCGUGUGUGCGUGUGCGCGACUGUAAGAACCUGCUAGUAUGUAAGAUGUUAUUAAUGAAAACAGUGCUCAUGCGAAAAGUGUGUCAAGAGUGAAGUCAUCGAAGAACGAGGAAAGAAUUCCGAGUUCGACAAGACGAAUUAAAUGAUCGAUAGAGAUUCAUUAGUGGCGCCAUAGUGUCGUCGAUGUACACGGAGAAAGACGUCUCCGGGAAAGAGACUUCCGAUCCUUUCGUUGUUCCUGGCAUGUAAAUCGCCGCGCAAUAAUUAAAGAGACACGACAAGCUUCU